GUCAUCAGUGCGGGCCAUCUGCGCUGAUUGGCUGAGAGCCGUAGCGGGAGCUUAUGGUGAAAUCUGACCGCAGGAAACGACUUUGCUGGAGAAAAAGGUGGGAGGAAAACGGAAGAGAGACUUCCCAUUCAGACCUUAACAGAAUGUGCAUUUUGAGGAAUUUUUGGAGUCUCUUAUGUACAGUGUAUCAGACUCUAUAGACAGUUCCAAACACAGUGUACUGAGUUUGUUUACAGUUUACAGUUCCUGAUGCUUACAGUUUACAGAUCCUGUUUGCAGUUACUGUUCUGUAGAUUUGCUAAGUAUGCCCACAGAAAAGGAAUCUCAGGGUUGUAUGUGGUGACAUAAGAGUGAAGGCUCCUUUGUGUGAGAAUUGGAUCAGUUCACCAGGGGCGUUUCAUCAUGGGAAAAUCUUACAUCAUCGGAGAAUACAGUGAGAAGUAUCUUAAAAAGCUGAAGGCAGAAGAACGAUAUGGGACCACUGGCAUUUUGCUAGGGCAAAUUACAGCAGCAAAAACGUACAUAAUAUUUGCUGCUCGAACCCCACUUAAAGAUCAAGUCGAGCUUCCACCAGAUAAUCCAAAUGAAAUGCAUGCAAGUGACAUAGAGUGGGUAUCUGAGCAUGCUCGUCAGGUUGCCAGGAUGUUACCAGGUGGAAUAUUGGUACUUGGGGUAUUUCUUAUCAGACCACCAAAAAUGUCAAAGGAGACAGCUCAAGAUAUUUUUCAGAAAUUAACAAAUGCUGUUGAGACUGCUGUUGCAAAGGAAAGGCUCUGGAAUUUUUCAGAAGAGGAACCGCCUGAACGAAUUGUUCUCCAAAUUUAUGCUGAUUCGAAAAAAAUGAAGCUACGAACUUACGAUAUAAGCAAUCCACAGACUCCUACUAAAUUGCUGGAUUGUAAAUCUAGCAGCCUCACAUCAGCCUGGCAAAUUGUGGAAUCUACCAUCAACAUCGAUAUUCAUAUUCCAAUAUCCGGAACAGCAGAGAAUCAGUUUGACAAGGGUCCUUCGAAAGGUCUCAAGGCUUGGGCAAAAAACAUGAUGCAGUGCAACUACCUGGUUAAUGGACUUUAUAAAGACCCAGAAAGCGUAAUCAGUGAAGGAUUGAAAAAGAAAACACCUGUGGAAGUUCAGUUCCUGUCAGCUCCUGUUCCUACCUCUCCAGAAGAUACUUCAGCUAUUAUAGAAAGCUGUGGUAGCUCUCUUUCUGUGAAGGGUACUGUGCACUGUAGAGCUUAUCUUCAUGGCAAUAAAACAAAAGUGAAAGAUGCCAUCCAGUCACUGAAAAGAGAUGUACUGAACACUGUGUUUGUUCGCUGUGAAAUGGUAUUUGAGGAUCAAAUUUUAAACAGAAAUACCGAUGCUGGUGAUUCUGCAAACAUCAAAGCUCCACAUAGGGUGUUUGCCUCAGUUCUACCUUCUAGUGUUGCUUUUUGUGAUUAUGGCUUUUCAACUGAGGGAAGUAAGGACCUGGAAGAUCGUUUUAAAGAGUUGUUGGAUUAUGAUCUGCACCCAGCACAACUGGAUAGGACAGAAGAAAUCAUGUUGGAAGAGAUGGGGGUCGAACCUGUCCAAGAUCAAGAUCAAAGAGUUGUCAAAGAAGAAGAGGAAACUGCAGAUGGUGGCUUUAAAUUCAAGGGUAUCGCAGCAGCAGCAGGUGUUGGAGUCCUCGCAGUAGCAGUCUCUGUUUUGUAUUACUUCAUUGCUGAAUCAACUUGAGCUAUGAUUGAUCUCCAUUUUCAAGGAACUUAUAAGAUCCAGUUCCCGAACUUUUUUUGUCUGAAACUGUAUCCUCAGCUCCAUUUGAAUAAACACUUAACAGCAAGAUUUUGUUGCCAUUUGUAGUCUGGUAGUAUC